AUGGGUAAGCCUUAUCAUCGUCGAAAUCGAAAUAUGAAACAUCAUAAAAUGCAAGCAGCAACGGCAGAGGACGAGCCAAGCUAUCCCGGCGAAGACGUCGUUGAUGAAGAAGAAUCAGGAUGGAAUAAAUUCCCGUUUCCUUUAGCCAUGUGGGAUUUUCAACAUUGUGAUCCGAAGAAAUGCUCUGGCAGGAAAUUAAUGCGAUUAGGCAUAGUUCGCCAACUCAAAGUUUCAACGCGUUUUAAUGGGAUCGUUCUUAGUCCGGAUGCAUCACGUUAUGUUUCACCAGAAGACGCCACUUUGAUUGAAAAAUUUGGUAUUGCUGUCAUUGACUGCUCGUGGGCCAAAUUGCAUGAGGUGCCUUUCACCAGGAUGCGUUUUAGUAACUCUCGCCUGUUGCCAUACUUAUUAGCGACCAAUCCGAUUAACUAUGGAAGACCUUGUAAGUUGUCCUGUGUUGAAGCUUUCGCAGCGACAAUGUAUAUUGCAGGAUUUAAAGAUUUUGCAGAAAGAGUACUGAUGCCCUUCAAGUGGGGGAAAAACUUUAUUGUUUUAAACAAAGAAUUAUUAGAACAAUAUGCAAAAUGUAAGACAGAAAAGGAGGUAGUCAAAGUACAGGAAAAUUAUAUCCUGCAAUGCGAGCAAGAACGCCGAGAACGGAAGAGUAUUGAUCCAAUGGAUAUUGACUUGGAUAAAGAAUUUUGCAAUCCUAACAGACCUGAAUUAGGAAUGCCAUCAGCGAGCUCAAGCAGCGAUGAAGAGAUCAAUGAUGUCGCUGAAAAAUUGGAAGGUGUUCUAGGCGAAAAUUGUAAAAAUGAUUUGCCUGGUGCCGAAGCAUCUGUAAAUGAAAGUUAA